AUGGCCCCAGACAUCGACUCUAUCCCACCCACAGUCAACGGCAAUGGCCCGACACCAGCCGCGCCGGGUGAGAAGAUGCCCAAUAUUCUCUUCAUCAUGGCAGACCAGCUGGCUGCUCCCCAGCUGAAGAUGUACAAUCCCGAGUCCCAGAUCCUCACCCCCAAUCUGGAUGCACUAGCAGCCAAGUCGGUUCAGUUCGACUCGGCCUACUGCCCCUCGCCCCUUUGUGCCCCUUCUCGCAUGAGUCUGAUUUCAGGUCAAUUACCGAUGAAGAUUGGAGCCUAUGACAACGCAUCUCAAAUCGGUAGCGAUGUGCCCACAUACGCCCACUACUUGAGGCUCAAGGGCUACCACACCGCAUUAGCUGGCAAGAUGCACUUUGUUGGGGACCAGCUGCAUGGCUAUGAGACCCGUUUGACUAGUGACAUCUACCCCGGCGACUUUGGCUGGGCUGUUAAUUGGGAUGCCCCUGAUAGGCGUCUCGAAUGGUACCACAAUGCUAGCUCCAUUCUCCAGGCCGGGACCUGCGUGCGAAGCAACCAAUUGGACUACGAUGAAGAGGUCAUGUACAAGUCGACUCAAUUCUUGUACGACCAGGUUCGUGAGGGCCCGGAUAACCGGCCAUUUUGCCUAACGCUAUCUCUCACUCACCCUCAUGAUCCUUACACGAUCGAGGAAAAAUAUUGGGACCUGUAUGAGGGUGUAGACAUUGCUUUGCCCAAGGUUAAGAUUCCACAGGAGCAACAGGAUGCGCACAGUAAGAGGUUGCUGAAGGUGUGCGAUCUUUGGGAUCAGAACUUCAGCGAUGACCAGAUCAAACGCGCCCGCCGGGCAUACUACGGCGCUGUCAGCUACGUGGACGACUGCAUUGGACGCAUUCUGAAGACGCUUAAGCAAUGCCGCCUUGACCAAAACACCAUUGUUGUCUUCAGCGGCGACCACGGUGACAUGCUUGGAGAACGUGGUCUCUGGUAUAAAAUGAGUUACUUUGAGUCGUCUGUUCGUGUUCCUCUGCUGGUCUCGGAUCCCAGCCGUUUUACACCCCGCCGAGUCAAGGAGAACGUGUCGACGCUGGAUAUUCUUCCUACUCUCUGUGACAUUGUUGGUACCCCACUCAUUCCAGGCUUACCAAUGGAUGGUACCUCUCUGUUACCCCAUCUCGAAGGCAGACCCGGCCAUGACACUGUGAUUGCUGAAUACACGGGCGAGGGCACCAUCAACCCUCUUAUGAUGAUCCGACGCGGCCCUUGGAAGUACAUCACGUGCCCGACGGAUGCGCCGCAACUCUUCAACCUGGAGAAAGACCCACUUGAGCUGGUGAACCUGGCCGAGCUAGCAAACAAGACCGAAGGGCUGACAGCCGACGAGGAGGAAGCUAAGGCCAAGUUUGAGAAAUUCGAGGCUGAAGCCCAGGCGCGUUGGGAUUUCGAGGCCAUCACGCAGUCCGUUCUUCUGUCUCAGAGAACUCGAAGACUUGUGUGGGAUGCCUUGAAGGUCGGCAAAUUUGAUCCUUGGGACUACAACCCGAAUGACAAUGGCACCAACAAGUACAUCCGCUCCUUCCUGCCGCUUGACGAUCUUGAGCGUCGGGCUCGCUAUCCUCCCGUCGAUAAGCACGGACGAGAAACACGAGAUAUUGUGGUCGACCAAGCGGGGUCACACGGUGAAUAA